UCCCUCUUUCUCUCUGUAUCUUUUGCCUUUUAAAUUUAAAGUUUAGUUUCAUUUUAUAACAGUUUAUAUAUAUUUGGGAUCAGGUUACAUUUUGCUUUUAAACCUAAAAUUAAGAAAUCCAAAACCUUUUUUUUUAUAAAUUAGGUAUGGAAAACGACUGUAUUAAGAAGGAAAAAAAGAGGAUGAAAAUUAGGGCUUUUGCAUAGUAAUCUCCAUAGCAGAAACUCCAAUUUGUGCAACCCAAAUGGAAUCCCAAGAAGAUGAAGUCCUUCCAAAAAGGGGCAAACCCACAAAUCCGUCCAUUUCUAGCAAAGAUUUAGUCUUGCCAAUGCCUAGCCUUCCUGUAGAGCUCAUGACUGAUAUCUUGUAGAAGCUUCCAGUGAAAUCACUCUUGAAAUUCAGUUCUGUUUCCAAAGUCUUGGCUUUCCUUAAUCUCUAGACCUGAUUUUGUGAAGACCCAUCUCUUAAUAUCCGCUACUAACAAGGACUACACCCACCAUGCUGUUAUGAUUAAGGUUACUAGUACUGCUAGGCGCGGCUUCAAGGACUCUUCUCUUACCGCUUUACUUUACGAUUCUGUAACUGAGGCAUUUGACUUGGAUUAUCCUGAUUGAAAAGAAUCUUUGGGCCUUGAGGAAUAUAUUACACACAUUUUACAGUACCAAGAUUCACCACUGCAGCUGCUAACACUGUUGCCCUGUUGGCCCUUCUUUCGAAGUUUGUCAAUUUGCUCAGCAAUGGAAAAUGCUGAAGCCAGCCCUCUCAAAAGAUUCCCUCUCGGUUUGGAUGAGACUUCUGAGGAAGAAUAUUCUUCUCAAUCCGCUCUGCUACAAGAUUUUGCUAGCAUCCCUACCAUUGACAAGGCAUGGACUUUCACAUCUACCAGCGGUUCCCAGUGUAUGUUCUCAGUGAGCCAGCCAAAUCUCCUUGCCAACAAGAACAGGAGAUAUGUAGUAUCUAGUCAUAUUUCAAAGGGAAGUGCAAAUGGUUUAAGCUUUCAAUGGGCUGCCUUCCCUAUUGAGAUGCCUAGUGGCUCUAUAAUGGUUCCAUCACCUUCAGGUUCAAAACUUCUUGUUGUUAGAAAUCCUGAAAAGGAUUCUCCGCCGACCAAAUUCGAGAUUUGGGGUCCAUCUCAAGUCGAAAAGGAGUUCCAUAUCUCGGCCUCAGUCCAUGGCUCUGUAUAUUCGGAUGGAUGGUUUGAGGGAAUUUCGUGGAAUGAUGAUGAAACCUUUGUCGCAUACGUCGCUGAGGAGCCGGCUCCCCUGAAGCCCGUGUUUACUAAUUCAGGGUAUAAGAAAGGGAAUUCUUCAGAUAAGGAAUGUGGUAGCUGGAAAGGUCAAGGGGAUUGGGAAGAGGAUUGGGGUGAAACCUACCCUGGAAAACGAGAACCUGCGAUUUUCGUUAUCAAUGUUAACAGCGGAGAAGUAUAUCCUGUUGAAGGAACAAAGAAGCUUACUGUUGGACAAGUUGUGUGGGCUCCAGCUUCUGGAAGCUUGCAACAUUAUCUGGUUUUUGUUGGGUGGCCAUCAGAUACUAGAAAGUUGGGCAUUAAGUAUUGCUAUAACCGGCCGUGUGCCUUGUAUGCUGUUAGAGCUCCGUUUUCAAAACCAGAAGAUCGUCAAUCUGAAAGUAAUGCAGUUGAAGAAGCAUCUCCAGUUAAGCUGACACAAAGAAUAAGUAGUGCAUUCGCUCCUCGUUUCAGCCCAGAUAGAAAGGGUCUUGUAUUUCUAUCUGCAAAAAGUUCUGUAGACUCUUUUGUACAUUCUGCAACUCAAUCACUUCAUAGAAUUGAUUGGUCCAUAGAUGGAAAGCCAACUCCUGAUGCUGACAUUGUUGAUGUGGUUCGCGCUAUUCUUUGCUCUUCUGACUUGUAUCAGCACUUUGAGGUUCCUGUUGUGAUGUGUCCUGAAGAUGGAUGCUUCCCUGGCCUUUAUACUGUUACUUUUCUAAGUAAACCUUGGCUUUCUGAUGGAUAUACCAUGAUUUUAUCUUCCGUCUGGGGCAGCACGGAAGUAAUACUUUCAGUAAAUGUGUUGAGUGGAAAGGUGUCACGCAUUAGCCCUGGAAACUCUAGCUUCUCUUGGAGCUUGCUUGCACUAGACGGUGAUAGCAUCAUUGCUGUCUGUAGCAGUCCCUGUAAUGUUCCUGAAAUCAAGUAUGGUAGCAUCGUUGGGAAGUCAUCUGCAGAGACCUCAGCAAGUUGGCUAGAUAUUUCAAGCCCCAUACGUAGAUGCUCUGAAAAGGUUCAACUGGUCACUUCUCUACUGUCAUCCCGCCAGUCUAGUAUUAUCAAAAUUCCAGUCAGGGAUAUUUCUGAGAACCUUACCGCAGGUGCCAGCAAACCUUAUGAGGCUAUCUUCGUCUCCUCCAAGUGUAAGAGCCACAAUCUGUGUGAUCCGCUAAUUGUAGUCCUUCAUGGGGGUCCUCACUUUAUUUCAUUGUCAAGCUUCUCGAAAUCCUUGGCUUUCCUUUCUGCAAUUGGUUAUAGCUUGUUGAUUGUUAAUUAUAGAGGCUCCUCGGGAUUUGGUGAGGAAGCACUGCAAUCUCUUCCAGGAAAAAUUGGAUCACAGGAUGUUAAUGAUGUGCUAGCUGCUAUAGAUCAUGUCAUAGAUAUGGGACUUGCAGAUCCAUCUAAAAUAACUGUGCUCGGUGGUUCCCAUGGUGGAUUCCUGACAACACACUUGAUUGGUCAGGCACCAGAUAAGUUUGCUGCAGCAGCUACUAGAAACCCUGUCUGCAGCAUUCCCUUGAUGGUUGGAACAUCUGAUAUCCCUGAUUGGUGCUAUGCAGAGACGUUUGGACGUCUGGGAAAAUCAAUGUUUACUGAAGCUCCUUCAUCUGAACACCUUGCUGUCUUUCACAGCAAAUCACCAAUAUCACACAUCUCCAAGGUCAAAACGCCUAUACUCUUCUUGCUAGGUGCCAAGGACCUCCGUGUACCGAUAUGUACAAGCUUGCAAUAUGCACGUGCAUUGAAGGAGAAAGGAACUGAGGUCAAAGUGCUGGUGUUUCCCGAGGACAAUCACGCGAUUGAUAGACCACAGUCUGAUUUCGAAAGCUUUCUUAAUAUUGGAGUGUGGUUCAAGAAGCACUGCAAAUAGACAUAUAUUAUUCAUGUCUUGACCAAGAUUUCCUACAUUCAUUUCACUCUCCUUUGCAAGAAGAAGAUGUAGUGAUUUGGAAUGUCAAGAAGAACAGUUAUAGUCCUCUCGCUCACGUUCAAGCUCUUAUCUGAGUUGAAGAUAUGAACACUCAAAGCUAAAAAUAUGUAUAUUUGACCUCUGUAGUGACUGGCCAUUCAGCACUCAUUGUCAAACUCAAAUGUAUGUAAAAUAAACUAACACUUCUUUUGUACGGUUUAAUAAAUCAUCAAAAGGACUUCUUAUUUA